AUGGUUUUUCACCAGUUGGUGGUCAGUGGCAUUUGGCAUGUUCACAUGUGGGAAGAUAUUUUGGUGAGCAUUUCAGUAUCAAAUUGCCAGAUUCAAGAAAAUGUGGACAUAAGCACAGUAUAUCAGAUUUUUCCUGAUGAAGUACUGGGUUCUGGACAGUUUGGGAUUGUUUAUGGAGGAAAACAUCGUAAAACAGGAAGAGAUGUAGCUAUUAAAAUCAUUGACAAAUUAAGAUUUCCCACAAAACAAGAAAGCCAGCUUCGUAAUGAGGUUGCCAUUCUACAGAACCUUCAUCACCCUGGUGUUGUAAAUUUGGAGUGUAUGUUUGAGACGCCUGAAAGAGUGUUUGUUGUUAUGGAAAAACUCCAUGGAGACAUGCUGGAGAUGAUCUUGUCAAGUGAAAAGGGCAGGUUGCCAGAGCACAUAACGAAGUUUUUAAUUACUCAGAUACUUGUGGCUUUGCGGCAUCUUCAUUUUAAAAAUAUCGUUCACUGUGACCUCAAGCCAGAAAAUGUGUUGCUCGCAUCAGCCGAUCCUUUCCCUCAGGUGAAACUUUGUGAUUUUGGCUUUGCCCGGAUCAUUGGAGAGAAGUCUUUCCGGAGGUCUGUGGUGGGCACCCCAGCUUACCUGGCACCUGAGGUUCUAAGGAACAAGGGUUACAAUCGCUCUCUAGACAUGUGGUCUGUGGGGGUUAUCAUCUACGUGAGCCUGAGUGGCACUUUCCCAUUCAACGAAGAUGAAGACAUACACGACCAAAUCCAGAAUGCAGCUUUCAUGUACCCGCCCAGUCCCUGGAAGGAAAUCUCUCAUGAAGGUAAUGUCUCCGUCAGGAAUGACAGUGAUUUCAUGAUUUAAGGUUAGGUUUUUAACUUAUUUGUGAAUUGAUAAGUUGUACCCCCUGGGUU